AUGCGUCAGCUGAGCUGCGGAGGCGGCGUGUCGCACGGUCCUCGCGGCCCCAAGUCCUUCUUCUACAUGCUGCCGUAAGCGCGCGUCGGUGGCUUGUGCGCCACGCUCAGCGUCAAGUUAGCCCAGAGUGACCUGCACGUGGUGUCCGACCUGGGGCUGCCGUCGGCCGAGGCCGGCUUCCUGCAGCAGCUGGCCGAGCGGCGACUCUGGGGGCCCAGCGUCCUCUUCGUGGACGACACGGACGAGAUGCCGGAGAACAUCGCGCGGGCCGCCGACGGCAUCCCGCACUUCAACCUGCUGCCCGUCUACGGUCUGAACGUCUACAGCAUGCUGAAGCACGACACGUUGGUGCUGACGGUGGCCGGGUUGGAGAGAGUGCAAGAGCGUCUCCUCCGCGCUCUCUCUCUGCCGGACAACCGGGCCGUCAAGCACACGGACGUUGGCAUCCUCCGAUGAGACGCCAGCGACGCUCCCCACUCAGUGGCGGAACCUGCAGCGAGGUGACCGGGUGUGCGCACCGGUGCCAGCGGCGGAGCUGGUCCUGGGUCCGGCAGAGGCCUGGGUGCCAGCGGCGGAGCU